AUGGACUUGACGCUUGCACGAACGAUGGAGAUCCUACGCCCGCUGGGCCUGGCCGAUGGACUACGUGCGCGAGGCGUACCCUCUACAUACCCAUUCACAGUACGCUUUUCUAGUGGCUUGGGAAUGAAGCAUUCUCUCUCGGAGUGGAAGCUUCCCAGCGCAGACCAACUCCGUGAACGCAUCAUGUCCCAAAAUGAUGGGACGAUGCCUCUUGAACCCUGGCUACGUGUUUCAGGUGACGUGAUGGAGGCUUUCCUGAAGGAAAAAUGUGAAGAGAGCCAUCUGGUGACGCUGCGCUUCGGGUGGAGCGUAACGCAGGUCAUUGAGAGUGCCACCGAAGUGGAAACUCGGGUCCGAAAUCCCCACACAGGGGGCGAGAAAGUGAUACGCAGCCAGUAUGCAGUGGGAUGUGAUGGAGCAUCCAGUCUCGUUCGCAAAAACAUGGGAAUUGCUCUUGAUGGAGGGCCCAUACACAGCAGCGUGGUGCUAAUCCAUUUCAAGUCUCGGGAUCUGACUCGUUUGCAUCGCCGAGGCCGAUUCUGGCACACUUUCUUCCUCUUAGAUCCUACGAUCAGCGGAGACUCAGUAGGCGGUGCCAUCAUCGCUCAAGACGAGGUUGAUACGUGGACAGUGCAUGACUUCCGUGCUCCUGGAUCGAAGCAAAGCAUUAGCUCUGCCGAGGAAACAAUCUACCGCGUUCUAGGAGCAAUGGGAGGUCCAUAUCCGAUCACCAUCGAUGAGAUCAUUCAGCAAUCAACCUGGACACCCAGCAUCGCACUCGCCAAGUCAUAUACUGGGCCCUUACAUCGUGUCUUCUUGGCAGGUGAUGCAUGCCACCAGACCAUCCCGUCCGGAGGAUACGGCAUGAACAUGGGCAUUGCAGAUGCCUUUAACUUGGGCUGGAAACUAGCCGCAAUGAUCCAGGGCUGGGGAGGAGCACGGCUAUUAUUAUCGUAUGAACAGGAACGACGUCCGGUCGCCGAGCUUAUGCAGCACUGGGGCAAAGUCCACGCAGGCAAGCUAGUGGGGCUUGCAUCUGCAGUGACGCUCAACGCGACGAUCAUCGAUGCCUCCGAUGCGCGUGGGGCAGAAUUGCGACAAAAGAUUCAUGAGUAUGUACAGUCCAAUGAUGCACACAAUCAGUGUUUUGGCGUCGAACACGGCUAUCAGUAUCACUCGGACAUCACGGUGAAGAGCGCAUCCAGUCACCCGCCCUUCGACCCACGAUCAUAUACCCCAACCACGCACCCAGGUUUCCGGGCUCCUCAUGUAUUCCUCAACGACGGCUCUGCAAUUUUUGACAAGUUUGGAAAAACUCUGACCUUGGUGGAAUUUAUGGAUGGAGUGCCAGGACCGUCAUCUGGUGGGUCCUUUUUCCGGGAUACGGCUGACGAACACCAUAUUCCCCUUCGUAUUGUGUCCCUUGUCGGCGAAGCCAAUGCGCAACAGAUCUGGGGAGCGCGGCUGGUGUUGGUGCGCCCUGAUCAUUGUGUGUCGUGGUGCGGAAAUGAUGUAGGCAGCAAAGACGACGCUAAGAGAGUUUUGUUGCAAGCUGCAGGUCAUGUUUGUUGGUGA